ACCCCAAAACAGUGACAGGACCCCGAAAUGGUGACGGGACUCUCAGAUAGUGACAGGAUCCUGAAGUGGUGCUGGACCCUCACAUGGUGAAGGGACCCUGAAGUUGUGAUGGGACCCUCAAACAGUGGCAGGACCCCAAAAUGGUGAAGGGACCCUCAAAUAGUGACAGAGCCCAGAAUGGUGAUGGGACCCCAAAAUGGUGAAGGGACCCUCAAAUAGUGAUGGGACCCCGAAAUGGUGAAGGGACCCUCACAUGGUGACAGGACCCUCACAUGGUGACAGGACUCUCAAAUGGUGACAGGACCAUCAGUGACAGGACCCUGAAGUGGUGCUGGACCACAAAAUGGUGAAGGGACCCUCAAAUAGUGAUGGACCCCAAAAUGGUGCUGGGACUCUCACAUGGUGAUGGGACCCCAAAAUGGUGAAGGAACCCUCAAAUAAUGAUGGGACCCCAAAGUGGUGCCCCAGCCCAAAAUGGUGCCACAACCCUAGCGAGGCCACCCCGCACUCAUUAAGAGCCACCCAACACAGUGAGGUUAAGCAGCCCUCCACAGCUAAUUGUUGCCAUUAAUUACAGUGAGGAGCAUUCUCCAGAGCCUACAUGAAGAGGGCACCCCACAAAGGCCUGCCGAGCUGAGGAAGUGAGGCAGAUGUCAGGGAGAGCGGGCCCCACGCCGAGCAUGAGGCAGAAGCCGAGCACUGAGGGUGUAGGUGGUGCCUCAGCUCACAUUUGUCACCUCUUUUUCUCCAAAGGAAGCGUCUGUCUGCUGCAAAACCUUUCAGGCGCCCACGCUGUGGCUGUACAGGCGUACACGUGUGGCUGUACGUGUCUGAGGGCAGAUGAAGCACGGGGACGCAGAGCCAAACCCCACGAUCUGCAGCAGUGACCUUCUGUUGAACAAAUGGGAAGCUCAUGAGGGGAUUCAGAAGUCGUGGAGGAACAGGGUGAAGGAUGUGGGUUGUUACCCGAUCACAUGUGCAUAUUCUGGCUCCGCACUGCCGAUGGGCUUUGGCCGCCGCCUUGCCUCGCCCCCCGCAGCCCGCCUGCUGCUACGCCGCGGCCGCCAAAAAUGCAAAAAAAGGUUCACAAAAGGCCAAGCAGGAAGAAGCAAAAAAGAAAAAAGGAAUUAUCAGGCGGCCUCUGAUGAGCAAGCCAGUGGAUGACGUGUACCUGACGUGGCUUUACAAGCGGCCAUCCUAUAAUGUAGAAGAGGCUGUUGGUAUGCUAAAGAAAUUUCAGGAACUAGACUUCACGCACCCCAAACAGUAUGUGUAUAUUAAUGUGUUUCUAGAUACGGCGCUGCAGAAGAAGAAAAAAGUUGAUCCGUUUGCAAGCACUGUUCUUCUUCCGCAUCGCUUUACAGAUGAAGUGAAUAAGGUCCUGGUUUUCACAGAGAAUGAGCAAGAAGCUGAAAUAGCUCGAGAGAAUGGAGCUGCUGUUGUAGGAGGAGUUGAAUUAAUCAAAUGGAUUUUGGAAGAUGAAAUCCAAGUGGACUCCUAUGUAGCUGUUCCUGCAAUAAUGCCUAAACUAAUACCGUUAAGAAACAAGCUGAGACGAAAAUACCCCAGCACAAAAAGAAAUUCCCUGGGCCACGAUAUCCCCAAAAUGCUGCAACUCUUUAGAGAAGGUCUAGAGUACACGGUAGAAGACGAGCGCUUAAUCAAGACAAGAAUAGCAAGACUGGAUAUGCCUACUGAGCAGAUAGUUGCCAAUCUAAAAACAAUUUUAGAGGAUAUCUGCAAAUUCAAGCCAUCAAGUUCUGGUCCCUUUGUGCGGAAGUUGGUUAUUAGAUCUUCAACCAGUGAAGGCUUGCUUUUGAACCUUGAUGGACUUCUUCCAGAGGUAGAGAAAGUAGAAGAAAAAGAAGAAGAAACAGUAGAAGAAGACGAUGAAGAAAAACCUGUUCAAGAAUCUGUUAGUACCUGAUGCCUUUCCUUGUAGGUCUGAUGAUCAGGCUUGGAAAGCAAAUGGUGGAUUUCAAAUCAUAUUCUGUGAAAAGGAAAAAUAAAUACACACAUUUCAUUUUUAAAUUCUGUGUGACCGGAAACUAUGUCACAAACAGGAGCCUGUUGUCAAAACUGAAGACACUAAGUUUCUUCUUUGGGUAGCUGAAAGCUCCCUAAUUUGUGUGUUUUUUUUUCUUUUUCUUCGCACAUAAUCAGUCUAAUAAAUGUAGUACUAUAAGCUUGAGGUAUUGCCAUCCAAUUAACAUAGUUGCAGCUGAAAGACCAACACAUGUUACAUCCAUAAUGCUGGGUUUUCUACUCUGUUGAAAUUGCAAAAUUGUUCAAUGCUUUUGUCUGUUACACCCAAUCUCAUGUAGAGAAGCUAAUGCAGUUACUUCUGGAAAGCUGCUGCAUGACUUUCCAAGAGAAAAGCUAAAUUUUAACUUACCAUCCUGUUUUCUACAAAAUCAGAGGUGGGUUUGCUUUUGAGUUGGUGGAAGCCACGCCUGCAUGAUGCUUAUGGUAUCCCACUUCAUUUUCACUUAAUCUACGUACAUAGAGGUGUGAUGUAUGGAUUUCUGUUCCACUUGGCACUCUGAAACUACUUCUGAAUGCGGGAUUGUUUUUGUGACAAACUGUAAUAGUUGAUUUUUUUUUCUACAGAAAAAAUGGGUUAUCUUCUGCAAGAGGAGUGAUUGUGCACCUUCUUUUUCUAAUAACACUUCAUCAAUGCAUAAUUGAUAUUAUGCUCCUCAGCGAGCCCAAUUAGUGGCUUGUUUGUACUACCCUGGAAAGAAUUGAUUGUAAACUAGUUUGAGAUGAGACCUGAGUGAAGCUACAAAAAUUUAAGUAUCCCUUUCUGUUUGGCAAUGGAGGUUCCUUUUGAUGGGCUUCCAAAUAACCAACUGGAUGUGUUCUGAAGGGGAGCGAGAGGCAGCUUCACAACAAGCAGCAGGAGGUCUUGCUUCCAUACAGGUGACUCCAAGAGGAAGGCUCCUGUGGUAUGCUUUGUGUUGAGACUUUACUUCAAAAUGUUGGCUGAUGCCUUAGGACAAUUUUGUGUGUUACCAGCUGGGAAUGAAGAGCACAUACAUAAGAGCAGCAGUGAGUAGCUAGGAUAUAUAGGGCCGUGGUCCUGUGCUGGGUUAGUUAUCUUGAGAGUGCACGGACCACUAGAUUUGGCUUAGAAAAUACUGAUUUGCUCAUUGGGCGGAGGCUCCCCAGCUCCUCUGCCAGUGUACAGGUGGAAGAAAAAAAGGCUGUGGGGUCCCUUUUGGUUAUGUAUUAGCUUAGCUUGUUCCUUUGACUCUUGGUAGCUGUGAAUACCACUUAGCUUUGGUGGAAAAUCUUGAAGUUAAAGGCCUCUUAGUUGAAAUGAAGGUCUCUUUUAGGAAUAGCACAGUUUGACAAAUGAAUUAAGCUCUUGUCGGGGUUUGAGCUCUUACACACACCAGAAGGCUUGACUUGGCGAUGUUUCAACUUUUUACACAGUUAGCUUUUUGUUCGUGAGGGCUAGCUGGUGUGGGUCAAAUCAAUUAAAAACAAAACACCAACCCUUUUUUUGCAAAAGGUAGUAAUGAGUGUGCUUGUAGUGUAAUCCUGUCAUUCUGCUCAAUUUAAUUCAGUUUAUAUGGCAAUUGCUGUGACCUGUUACUUUGUCUACUUUUUUUUUAUUUUUUUAUUUUCCAGCAUAGUUCUUAAGUAUUAACUGGAGACCAGAGAAAAUAUCCAUGCGUCUUUCAACUGGCUGGCUAAAAAACAGGUGUUUUCCACCUUGCUGCAGAAUUUUUCUCAGCUUUCUGCACGUUGUUUCCAGCAGGUGGCAUUCUUGUUCCCCUCUGUAGGAUUGUUAGGGAAAGUUUCUUGCUGAUAUUUUUGUUUCAUUGCUAGACAUAUGCUAGUAGAAAUGAAUCCAAAAAAUUAGGAUGAUUCCAGAAAGGAUAGGCCAUAUAAAAGGGGAUGAGGUUAUCCAAACCUGGAAGGGUAGCCUGUGUUUGGGGCUUUAAAUCAUUCCUUUUGUUGUAGAUGAGGUGUUUUGUGUUUGAGGAGGUUACCCAUAUCUGCUUAGAAAUCCUUGCACCUCCAUCUGAAGCAUUUGGCUGCUGUCAGUCAGGGUGCCUGACAGCUUGCUGCUCGGCCACACUGCUGUUUCUUUAAAUAUGUGGAGUGCUUUAUGCAGGUUCAUCAGAAAAUUGUCUUAAGGGUAAAGGAAAGCUUCGCGCUGACUUCAGUAGACUUUCUAUGUAGUAUUUGCAAAAAAGCAAUGUCAGUACUUCUGAAUAGCUGUAUAAAAAGCUGUAUAAACAGCCUUGGCUAUGGGCUGUGCUUGUGCCUUGUGGAAAGAAGAAAUUUCAACCAAUGUUUGUGGGAGUGAGUUGGUGUGAGAGGCAGAAAUAUUGUGUCAAAUAUAUUCAGGGAAGUUAACUGACCUAAACAUCACAUUUGGUCCAAUUCUACUUAGAUCAAGAAAAGAGGUAUUGCAGGGGGAGGUGUUUCCCUAUAAAAACGUGUGUAUCCAUGAUCAGCUGAGACAGAAUUGGCAGCUUUUGGAAGAUACAGAAAGAUACAUAAUCAAGGGAAAUUUAUUUUUAUUUUUUUUUAUUUUUUAAGCAUUAGAUUCCAAAGCAUUAGCAUUGAAGUUUAGGUUUAAUUUUAAAAUAUAUUUAAGAUACAGGGUGUCUUAAAUAGCAGGCUCUGCUGAUUACUGGCUGUGUGCAGGCAAGUCUGGUUUAUGCCAGCGUAGAGCAGAGGAGCAACUUACUCUGCAACAAAAGGCUUGAUUGCUUUUGACGAGCUUUACUUAGAUGACUUCUUCUGAUGAAAAAAAUGAUCAUUUUCCACAAGUUCCUUGCCUGUACGAUGUCUAGCUUCAUUAGUUCAAGUACAGCAUCCUCUAAAGGUACAUCACUUACACAGUAAGCUUUUUUUUUGUUUUGGAGUUUGUACACAGAUGUGAACAGAGAAGAUCAAGCCAUGAGAGGUGUGCCUUGGUUUGAGGAUGUCUCUUAAGCUUCUGUGCAACUCAAAUAGUGCACGAGGAAUUGAUUAACACUUUGAAUCUUAGCAAAAAGUAUUAUUUUUUUUACAGGGUUCCAUUCUGCAGAGAACAUUUUAUGUGUGCAUGCAAGCAAACAGCAUCUUUAGCACUAACAAAUUGUAUAUACGAGGAAUGCUGUGAGAUAUUGUAACGUUAUGUGCUGUUUGUGCCUGUAAUGGAACAUGAAGGUAAGAUACCUGCUGAUACAGAUAAGUUAGGCUUAUGAUGUUAUUCGCCUAGGUUUCUUGGUCUCCUGUAAUUUUCUUGACUUAUUUCAGAUUUUACUAUCCGUUGUUGCAGGCCUGUUGUUUUGAAGAUGGGUGUUCUGUUUUUUUUAGUGAUGCUUAAGUGUAAAUACACAGGUGAACGUAUCUCAGGCUGACUGCCGAAUGUAUUUUCAGAGAAUAAAAAUGUGGAGUACUGUA